AUGGGUAACGGUAUAACAGUCAAUAAAAAACAAUUACCCGGUGUACCACAACCACCUGGUGCACGUAAAAUCGUUGUUAUUCCUUAUCAAAAAUGGAUUUAUCAUGAUGCACGUCGUUUUGGUCAUUUUAAUCAAUUUAGUACUGAUAGUGGUUGUGAAAUCUCUUUGAAUAACAAUAAUAAUAAUACAAUAUCUUCUGUUCACCCAACACUUUCAUCAAGUUCAUUUUCUACUCCAACAUCAUAUGUAUCAACUUCAUCAUCAUUAACCAAUGAUUUUAAUGUUCAAACAAAAACCCAGUUAACAUCAACAUCUGUCCCAUCAUCUAUGACAUUUUCAAGUAAUAAAUCAAAUAUUCGUCAUAAUAAUCAAUCUGCAUCUGCAUUAGUUGGCUCUGCAAUGACUCUAUCAAGUUCAUCAUCGACUGUUACAUGUUCAUCAACAACACCAUUUAAUGAUCUUGAUUCACGUCGUUUACUUCCUAAACCAGUUUAUUAUGUAAAUGGACGAUUUUUUAAAAGUUUAACACGUCUUGGUGAUUCACAAUUUAUUCUGAGUGAACAUGGCGAAGAUGAUGUUAUACUAACUGUACCAUCUAAUAUUGAACGUUACCGUACGAAUGAUAAUGCUGUACGUGAUCGUAUACAUCGUUUAAAUCGUGUUAUUGCUUGCUGUGACGAAUUUAUUGUCUUUCAAUUAUGGAAAGGAAACAAUGAAGUUGAAAUAUUUGUAUUUGAUCGACCUAUUGCACCUACUGAAUCGUCUGAAACAAAAUCAUCUGUAAAAUGUAAAUGUUUUCAUCGACAAUCACAAAGACCAAAAUCGUCUAUAAUUCUACAACAACAAUCUUCGAAUCCAGCUCCACCAUCAUCAUCAUCAUCAAUUAAUGAAUCAACAGCACGUGUAAAUCCAUUAAAUAGACAUAGUUCAUUGAUGCAAACAGCAACACUAAGUGCUUAUCAUACAAGUAAACCACAACAUACACCAAUUAAAUCAUGUUCAUUAUUAAAUGAUACAGAAAAUCGUUUGGAUAUGCAAAAUGAUGCAUAUGAAUUUGUUGAUAAUACAAAAAAAGCAUCAUAUUUAACUGGUUCAGCGAGAUGUACAUUGGUAACUGCUUCAGCUGCUAUUGCUGCUAAUAAUAAUACGAACGCUAAUAUUAACAAUACAAAUGUCACAUCGACUACGUCGAGAACCCGAUUUGGAAAAUCGGCGAGUCGUUCAAAUACAGCCAGUACACGUUCAUAUUCAAUUUCAAAUACAAAUGAAUUAGUAAAUAAUAAAAAUCAACAGAAUUAUUUAGCUUAUGGUUCUAAACAUCGUUCAACACCAUAUUUAAAUUCAUUAUCAUCAUCCACAUGUAGUUGUAUGGAUAAUGGAGAAUCAGUUUUGUUACCAUCAUCAUAUUCACCCACAUUUUCUCUGUCAUCAUCAUCAUCCUCAUGGAACAAUCGUAUUGUCCGAAAACUUAAUUCAAUUGCACAUCGUUUUAAUGCACGAUCAUAUACAUGUUUAAUAUCACCUGAUAGAACAAAAUUAUUAGUUACACCUGAUUAUGAAGAUAAACAUUCAUAUAGUCAUCAAACACAUGAAGUAACAGUUAUUUUUGAUAUGAAAACAUAUGCAAUACUUCGUAUAACACCAGCUCGUUAUGAUCAACGAUUUUCAUUUGAUCCACGUUAUGGUCAUUCACGUUUAGCAGAAUUUGAUACAGUUCGUGGACAAAUCACUGAUAUUAAAAAAGAUCGUGUACUUGUUUGCUCAAAUCAUACAUUAAAAACAAAAGUUUAUCGAGUAGAAUAUACACAUGAUGGACAUCUCAUUAUUGUUCUAUGCACACUUCCUAUAUUUCAACGUGUAAAACGCAAUUAUUUUUUAUACAUCCUCAAUUCAUCGACCUUAUUACAUACACGAAGUAUUAUCGAUUAUCGUGGACCAUUUUUUUCUCCAUUUGUAUUUACAAAUGAAUUUUCGCUUUUAUUUAAUAUUUAUCCAUCAUUAUCAAAUUGUGGUUCAACAUUAGCUGUUCUAAAAAAUAUUGAACCAUCAUCGAAUGUACGUCUUAUUGAAGUAUAUUCUUUACCAUAUACAUGUACAACAUUAAAAGAAGUUACACGACGUCAUAUAUUACGUUAUAUUGAUCGAAAACAAAUUAAACAAUUACGUUUACCUGACAAUUUAAAAGCUUAUCUAGCUUAUAAACCACAAUUUAUUUAA